GUCCGUGCAAAGGACGAGCCCCCUGGUUUAAGGUGAAGGUGAAUGGAAUGAGGCUGGCUGAGAAAGGAGGCUCUGGCGGAGCGGCUGUAUCUGCUGCCAAUAAAGUUGUCUUCCAAAAGGGGAGGAGGCGAGUGGGGGGGGGGGGAGGAAAGGAAGCACGUCAAGAUGGCGGCUCCCGUGUCGCCCUUGGUUACUGGGCGCCGCCUGAUAAACGCUGCCAUUCGACCCGCCGCUCUCGUCCUAACUUGCCGGGCCCCGCGGAAAGGUUUAAGAUGUGAGGACUUCAACUCCCAGAAUUUCCCAACCAACCAAACUUAAUACCUCAGUGGCAAUUAUUAUAAGAUGCGUUCUUAUUCUGAGAAGAGCAAGAGUCAAAGCAUAUACAGUUCAGGUAGCAGAGAAAGCUGCCAGCGGUGGACUAGCAGAUGCAAAUUCGAAAGCCUUAUUGCUUUGCAAUGGACCUUUAGAACAUUAUGAAUUCCUUACCAAAAUGGAGCAGCUGAGGAAUGAUGAACAGCAAACAAAAGUCAUGCGGUGCCUGCAGAAGCUACACGAAAGUCUUAAAGGCUACAACCUCAGUCCAAAACACAUAUUCUCAAAGCUUUUCACAAGACGUAAACCUCCAAAAGGCCUUUAUAUCUAUGGGGAUGUUGGCACAGGAAAGACAAUGGUGAUGGACAUAUUUUAUUCUCAUCUACAAGUAGAAAGAAAAAAGAGAGUCCAUUUCCAUGGCUUCAUGCUUGAUGUGCAUAAAAGAAUACAUUGCCUUAAAAAGAGUCUGCCAAAACGAAAAGCUGGAUUAAUGGCUAAAUCAUAUGAUCCAAUUGCUCCUAUAGCCGAUGAAAUAAGUGAGGAAGCUUGUCUCUUGUGUUUUGAUGAAUUUCAGGUCACAGAUAUCGCUGAUGCUAUGAUUCUCAAACAGCUUUUUGAAAACCUGUUCCAAAAUGGUGUCAUCGUUGUAGCCACAUCAAACAGGCCACCAGAAGAUCUCUAUAAAAAUGGGCUCCAGAGAGUUAACUUUGUGCCAUUUAUUGCUGUACUAAAGAAAUACUGCGACACCAUCCAACUGGAUUCUGGAAUCGAUUACAGGAAACGUGCGUUGCCUGCUGCGGGAAAGCUGUAUUAUCUCACAAGUGAAGCUGAUGUGGAGGCUGUCAUGGAUAAGUUGUUUGAUGAGCUGGCUCAAAAACAAAAUGAUUUAACUAGACCAAGGAUUUUAAAAGUACAAGGCAGAGGACUGAGAGUGAAUAAAGCAUGUGGAACCAUUGCAGACUUCACAUUUGAAGAGCUGUGUGACAAACCACUUGGAGCCAGUGAUUAUUUGGAAAUAUCUAAGAAUUUUGAUCUGGUUUUUGUUCAAAAUAUACCUCUCCUUACAAUGGCAAAAAGAACCCAAGCUCGACGCUUCAUCACUCUCAUUGAUACUUUUUACGAAAAAAAGGUGCGUCUUAUUUGCACUGCAUCAGCUCCCCUCCAGAGUAUAUUUAUUCAAGCAGACCAUGAUAGUGGACUGGAUGAGAAAAGGGUACUGAUGGAUGAUUUGGGGUUGAGCCAGGAUUCAGCUGAAGCACUUUCUAUGUUUACGGGAGAGGAAGAGAUAUUUGCCUUUCAACGGACUAUCUCGCGACUUACCGAAAUGCAGACAGAGCAAUACUGGAAAGAUGGGGAUCGGAGCAAAAAAAAGUUGCAGCUGGAAGGUUAAAAAUAAACAGUAACUGGGAAAAAAAGGGCUUCAAGCACAUUAACUAACUUGACACUUUAUGUAUGUAUCAUGUUAGUGUUAAAAACUGCUGCAUUAUUUACUGGCCCCCUUUAAUGCCAAUCUAUAGAUAUAAUUUUAUUCAGUCUAGCGUGAAAAAUUUAUUGAUCAAAUAGAACAUUUUCUUUUAACUGAUGAUGACUGGAAAAAUAGGUAAAACAUAUUUAUUAUUGGCCAUAUCACAUUGCAGUUUGCACAAAUAAAAGAUACAAGGUAGAAACCUUAAAUGCAUAUUUUGAAUCUAUCAAUCUCUGUUCUUUUGUUAAAAAAUAAAAUAUACAAAUGUAUCUGGAGUAUCCUUGAUUUUUAAAAAUCAUUUUCUUUUAGGUAGCAAUUGAAAAUUUCAUACAUAUUCACAAAGUCCCCUGUGUAACAUCAAUUUAGAGUAUUCCACUUGCCACUUGGUGUGUUUUUCUGCUGCCAGAGUAUGUUCAAGUGAUACAGUUUCCUAUAUUAUUUAUUUAUUCAUCAUAUUUACUGUAUAUAGCAAUAUACAAACAAAUAUUAAUAUUAUGGUCCUCUCUGCUAGAUUUGGUGGAAUGGGCAGAAGUAAUCCAGAGAAUGGAUGAUCCCUCAAAUAACCCUCAGAUACAUAUGCAUUUGUACCACAUUUUUCCUAUUCCUUUUCCUCACCCUCCCACACUUCGAUAUAUCCUCUCUCUGUUGAAAGACAAAGUUAUCUUUCAAAUAAUUCAAGAUGGCUUAGCUCUUGAUAGGUUCAUUCACUGUCAAUGCAUUCCCCAUGACAGGGAAUUGAGCAGCACGCUGAUACCACUCAACUCCAAUAGUGGAGAGAUGCUACCAGGUUUUUUUCCACAUCUGGAUUUUUUAUGCCCAUGGCCUCCCAACCAGACAAAAACAAUACUUAACGUUCUAUUGAAAUAUAAGCAUUCAAAGCAUGACAUUCGUAGCAAGCAAAUGACAGGAAGGGAUUAAGCGUGAUUAGCAUGCUGUAGAUUGGCAUGACAUUACAGGUAGUUGCUCCGCAGCUUUGCACCCUCUGAAUAAAGCAACUCUUUCUAAGCCCUUUUAUACAUCCCUGUGGAGCAAUCAGUCCAGACCUGGGAGUGUGCAGCUGUUGCAAAAGGCUAACCCAGGCUUAGUACUUUGUGAGAGAAGGUAUUUAAUUAUUGCUAUAAUUAUUGUGAUUGCAAAUAUUGAAAAAUUAGGGACACACCUGUAAUAUGUGAGAUUUAUGGCAGCCAUUGCACAAAACACCUCUAUCCCAAGAUUAAAAUAAUGAUUUAUCUUCAUACAGUUAUAAAAGGUUUUUUUAUUUAAUGAGUGAAAGUAGUAAUAUAUUACUUUAAAAGUGUUUUUCUUUAGAAAUCACGGCCUUUAAUGUAUUAUAUUUUGGUACUACAUUAAACUUACUUAAAUAUAAUUUGGUGUGUAUAAAUUUAAUAACUAAAGAGCAAUUUAUUUCCCAAAUAUAGUAACCGUCUCAA